AUCAUACAGUGUGGCGAACUUGUCCGGAAGUUAAUUACGGCAACCAUUUGCUACAGUGCUUUUCAUCAGAGGCGUCUUUGCAUAAUAUACAUAUGUAUGUAGAGUAUAUCCGACAAGUGUUGUGACUACCAAGUGCACCAUACUGUGACAUUUGUGCAUUCUGACUCGUCACUUCGAUCUAUAGGUCAAUUUCGUUGUAUUUUUUCUGAACUGUUUGCCAGUUGCCUCCCAUAGUGCAUUGUGUGAAGAGACGUAGGCGUAUAUGUACGCUACUUGUAUAUAUCAAUACUGAUUUUGGCAACCUUUGCUUUGGAAAUUCCCCACUCUCCACAGUAUACCAGUUCCAACCCCUGACUUGGAUCGUGGUUUGGAGAGUUGAUUAUCAAGUCGAGGAUUUGGAAUCGGAUAUUGCGACCUGAAGUACACGUCGACUCCAACUUGAUCAUGAAGAUCUUCGUUGGGAUUUGUUACCUUCUGCUGGUAACAGCAACUCCACAGUGCAAUGGGACGGUUUCUCCUGGUUCUUCGUACGACGGCUCACUGGUUAUCGGUGCCUUCAACAUCCAAACGUUUGGAGUCACCAAAGUUGGCAGACCUCAUGUAGUUGAGAUGUUGGUCAAGAUUUUGAAGCGUUACGAUCUUGUUUUGAUACAAGAAAUAAGAGACUCUUCCGGCACUGCAAUUCAAACACUGCUAGAGAAUCUUAACUCGAACGUCACAGGGGAGGGCAUUUAUACGAUGGCUUUGAGCAGGCGCAUUGGACGCACAUCGUACAAAGAGCAGUAUGCCUACUUUUAUAAGCCAAGUCGACUGACGUUGCUUUGGAGCUACGUCUACGAUGACACAAGCGGGGAUGUCUUUGAGCGUGAACCCUUCGUUGCUUAUUUCGAGUCGCCUACUACUGCCGUGAACAGGUUUGGGAUGAUCGGUAUUCACACCACACCGCGCGAGGCUGUGACAGAAAUCAACCAUCUUGUCGACGUGUACGAUGACUACAUUAAUAGAUCUGAGGGUAACACGAAUGCAAUCAUUGGUGGUGAUUUCAACGCGGACUGCUCAUACGCCUCGAGGACCGCUCUCAGGAGAUCUGCCCUGCGUUUAGAUCAGCGUUUCCAUUGGAUAAUUCCCGACGAUGCGGAUACCACCGUGGCCUCAUCAGACUGUGCCUACGACCGGUUUGUCCUCGCUGGUGCGGAUAUUUUGGCCAACUACCAACCGAAUAAAUCCGGGGUAUUUUACUUUGACCGAGAGUAUCACCUAGACAGUGACACGGCCAGAGACGUCAGUGAUCACUACCCGAUAGAGUUGUACGUCUCCGGAAACCCCGUGCACCGAUCUGCUGAGUCGGGGUCGCUAUCGUCUUCCAUCUCUGGCAGCGUCAGUUGCUCGGGAAGUUUCCGUGCCGUGGCGUGGAUGUGUCUGUUCGUUGUUAGCAUGCAGGUUGAUAUGCCCCAGGGUAAUUACGUCGCAGCCGAUGUAGAGAUUCCCUCCCUGCUGGACAGCGUCGGUGAACAUCUUCAUGAUAAAGUGAGCAAGCCGGGAACCACAGAGUACGACCGCCAAAUGCAAGCAAAUCAUAUGACAAUGGCAUCUACAUAUGUUCUCGUCAUCGCCUGCUACCUGCUAAUUGCAACAGCACCCCCAUCGUCUCGAGCAAUGGAGUUGCAGGGCUCCUCCGACGAUGGCUCGCUGGUGAUUGGCGCGUUCAACAUUCAAGUGUUCGGACUGUCCAAAAUCGGCAAAGUUGACGUGGUGGAAACACUUGUAAGGAUUCUGCAGCGGUAUGAUCUCUUACUGAUUCAAGAAAUUCGAGAUAAAUCAGAGACGGCAAUUUCAAUACUUUUAGAUCUUCUGAAUUCGAACCGGGAAGAUAAAUAUGACAUCAUCGUGAGUGAACGACUCGGUAGGACGACAAGCAAGGAGCAGUAUGCCUUUCUCUACAAGUCAAGCCGGCUGACCUUGCUGUGGAGUUACGUUUAUGAGGAUAAAGCUGGCGACCAGUUCGAGCGGGAACCGUUCAUCGCUUAUUUCGAGUCACCGACUACCGCUGUGGAUCGCUUUGCGAUGAUUGGUGUUCAUAUCAAGCCGAGCGCGGUGGUGGAAGAGCUCAACCAUCUUGUCGACGUGUACGACGACUUUGUCGCCAGAUCUGGGAACACAAACGCCAUCAUUGCGGGCGAUUUCAACGCGGACUGUGGGUAUCUAUCAAAGACAGCCCUGCGUGGCAUCAAUUUUCGAUCAGAUCAGAGAUUCAAGUGGAUUCUGCCCGACGACAUGGACACCACAGUAGCCAAGUCAGACUGUGCCUAUGAUCGGUUCGUGAUUGCUGGGGACGACCUCUCCGACAACAUUCGUCCAGACAAGACAGGAGCCUUUUACUUUGACAAGCAGUAUAAUCUGGACAUACAAACGACGGAAGAUGUCAGUGAUCACUACCCCAUCGAGAUGGUCAUCCAAGGAAAUCUGCGGCCAAUUCAGCCGAUGUCAACCACCCAUCCCGACACUAUCAGCUGCUCCGGGAGCUUCCGUGCCGUCGUGUGGAUGUGUCAACUCGUGGUGGGCCAGGAAACGGAUAUGCCCGUGUGUAUCCACAAAGUCGUCCAGUCCCUUGUCGGCUACAUCGACAGGUGCACGGACGAGUGGAUCAGGCUUUUCAUGGGUUAUCCCAAGAUUUAAGCAGCAGUAAAUGGCUCAGCAGAAAUUGGUUGGUAGCCUGUUAGUGACUAAAUAGGGUUGCUCUUUUGACGUUAAAGUCAUAUUUUCCCUACAGGUGGCUGCGAAAACUAUGAAUAGCCGUCGGUACAAAAAUAAAAAAGUAAUUUACAAAGUGUUAAAAUCCCACACAGCUAUUAGAACUCCAACUGAUAAUACACGUACUACUAUAUACUAAAAGAAAAAUACAAUCCUAUUUAAAAUUAUUGGAGGUAAAAUAAAAAAACCAAAUAUAAAGUGACAUUUCUGCUAACUUCGGCCGCCCAUAUACAAGUUGCAGGCAAAAUGAAAAUGUUCUAAGGAUAUAAUGGCUGCAUCAGCCGUAGAUUGUGAUGGCUGCAUUCCUGUCAAACCUGAGAUGUUUUUUUUAAUAAGGUAGGCCUACUGAUAACGCUUUAAAAUCUGGGGCCCUAUCCUUUUGGUGAUCGUGGUUGUGGUGGGAGGUUUUUGGUAAUAUGGGGGUUCCAGGUGAUUAAGGGUAUGAAUAGAAGUGUAGUGAUUCAACGUAGUCUUCAUCAAAUUGUUUUGUACCUGUAAAUGACAUUUGAUAACCCCGAGACAGUCUAAUUCUGUCUCGAAGCAGCAGAAGUCCCAUGCACCGUGUAACCUCGUGGGAAACCACUUUCAUUCAGACUCUGCUCUCCAAAUUUAAAGCCUAAAUCUUCUUGAAGGAGAUUUGAUUCUGAGGAUUCAAGGUCGCCGUUAAAUGCGAGCUUGAACGGAUUAUCAAAGGGAAAAAAUGAUGUCGAUAUUCCGACAGUGGCGGACUCAUUACUAUGCAUAUUGUGCAAAAUUAAUGUGUCCUCCGAUUCAAUCUGUGUUUUGUUAAUUGAUUUUGAUCGGCUAGCUGUUCUACUUCUCUAACAAACCCUCAUUAAAUACAUCUGAGGGGAAUUUGUUUUAUUCGAGGUUCUGCGACUGUUUUCUUACUUUGUCAUUUAUACAUUCUUGUAAUUGUUUGGCUUUCUUUUCAUUUCAUGCAUUGAUUCACGCGGGUUAGCAAGUGGAUUAAAACGAGACAAAAAUUGUAACAAAUAAUUUAAUUUAUUUCACUUAACAUUUAACAUUUGAUUUAACAAUGGCACAGGUGAUUUAAUUUGAAAUGAUAUUUCUGUGUGAUGUUGUUACCGGAGUUUGAAAUAAGAUAAUUUAUAUUGCAGAAACCACA